AUGUGCACCUACUACUACCUACACCACCACCACCUGGUCCCCUGCACGCGGCCCGUCGACAUGGUCGUGUCGUAUGCGUACUGCCAGGACGCGACGGAUGUCUCCCAUACAGCACAGACGGCGGUGAUAGGGGAUUCGUCCAGCAACCACCAGCAGCAGCAGCGCCAGCCGUGCCAGAGGCUGUGCUUCGACCCGGCGCAGCCGGUGCUCGACUACUCGGACCCAUGCGCGUCGGGCGGGUGCCUGGCCAGCCCCGAGUGCGCGUCGGGCGCGUGCCGGCUCGAGGACCUGGGCGGGCGCUGGACGUGCUGCGCCUGCGGCCGCGGCGGCAACCGCUUCCGCUGGUGCCGCCACCCCAAGCGCAGGAGCCCCGAUACCUUUUGCUACCACACCUGCUGCCACAACUGCACGCGGGACCCUUCUGCGGGUGAUGGCGGUGACGCAUCGACGGCGUCGUCGUCGUCGUCAUCUCGCCGCCGCUGA